AUGGUUAUCCUAACCAAGGAACAGCAACAAGACGCUGCCAACAACGGGCUCUGGCUGCCACAACUCGAGCGUGAUGCGUGCGGAGUUGGAUUUGUGUGCUCUAUUAAGGGAGUCACGUCCAGCAAGGUACGGGCUCACUUAUAGGAAGUAAAAGAGUCUGGUUGAUUUCAGAUCAUGUCGGAUGCUCGGACCAUGCUCGAGAGAAUGGCUCAUCGUGGAGCUUGUGGCUGUGACAACGAUUCGGGUGACGGUGCUGGUGUGCUCACCGCGAUUCCGGAUGAUCUCUACAGAAAAUCGGUGGAGUACGUCCAGCCCCACCACCCCCGUUUCAGGGCUGAUGACAAUCUUUAUUUUGCAGGCAGGAUGGAUCGGAUCUCCCACCGAUUGGGCAGUACGCCACGGGAAUUCUGUUCCUCGAGGAGGGAUCCUACAAACAAGCCAAGGAGGCAUUCCAAGAUCUCGCGAGAGCGUGCGGUCUGCGGGUUAUUGCCUGGCGCAAACUGGGAACCAAUCGUGAAUGUAUCGGAGAAGAGGCCAGGAAGACGGAGCCGCUCAUCCGGCAGGUCUUCGUCAGCGCCGACUAUGCGGAGAGCGAUCCGGCUAAGUUUCAGCGGAGCGUCUACUUGCUCCGCAAACAAGCCGUCAACAACAUGGCUCGUCAGGAAUUGGAGUGUUACCUCUGUUCCCUGAGCACGUCGACCAUCGUCUACAAGGGCCAGUUCAACACGCAGCAACUGUUCAAGUACUACGACGACCUGACUAAUCCGGAGUAUCAGACUCAUCUCGCGCUCGUCCAUUCUCGCUUCUCCACCAACACCUUCCCCAGCUGGAAUCGUGCCCAACCCAACCGAAUUCUGGCGCACAAUGGAGAAAUCAACACGCUCCGUGGUAACAUCAACCUGAUGCGUGCUCGUGAAGGAGUCAUGAAGAGCAAGCACUAUCGCGACGAUCUCCAAAAGUUGUUCCCGAUUGUGGAGGAGGUGAGUAAACGCGGAACUAGUCUCUUCGAUUUGAUUCGUCAUCGUUGUUUUCUUUUCAACUGACCGGGAGUACUACUUUUUUCAACGAAUAGGGAGCGAGAGAGAGAGAAAUCCACCAAUCUUUUCACACUCUUGUGCCAACAUCCCAGUCCAAUUAGUCCCCGGAUGUCAGUGCUAACCUUUCAGAGCUCUCAGCAUCAUUUAAAUUUCAACCGAAUAACAAAUUGCACCCAUCCACGGAUACAAUGGAAUUUGAAGGUUCUUGCAGGGUCUCACUGAUUCCGGAUGUCUCGACAACGUGAUGGAAUUCCUGGUCCACGCCGGAGGAAGAUCACUUCCGGAAGCGGCAAUGACAAUGGUACCGGAGGCGUGGGAAAAGGACGACGACAUGUCCUCGGAGAAGAAGCACUUCUACCGUUGGGCCGCGAUGAGCAUGGAACCGUGGGACGGACCUGGUAAAUAGUUUGUACUUUUUGCUCUAAGCGCAUGGCUUCUGCAAGAUGGGAAAAAAACGCCACUUUUGAAGUGGGCACAAAGAAACCAAAACGUGAUGUUGGUUCCUUUCUGAGAUUUGAGAUUCAAACCACACCACAGAGCAAGCUACGAUUCAUUGGGCUCCGUAAUCAUUAGUCAUUCGUUCGCAGACACUACAAAUUGUCAAGGGACACUUUUUGGUUUAGAGAUCACUGCCGAACGCCCACACUUUCUCUCUCGUAAUCAAAAUUGUAGCACCAACACAUGUGCCCCCUUCAGAUUAUUUUGUAACCACAUCAUUCAGCGAAAAGAACCCCUGGAAUAUUCAAUUUCACGAAAAUUGAGUUCAAGUUCAAAUGUCCGCACACUUGAUAAGUGUGUGAAUUGAAGGAAAUGCGCCGCGUUUUGAAACCAUUGACAUUUGAAACCUGAAACCUCUUUGCAGCUCUUCUCGCCUUCUCCGACGGAAGAUAUAUUGGAGCAAUCCUUGACCGAAAUGGACUGCGUCCGGCCAGAUACUACUUGACGGAGGAUGAUCAUCUGUACUUGAGCUCGGAGGUCGGAGUCAACGACAUUCCCAUCGAAAGUGUCGUCAAAAAGGUACGCUUAUCGGCAAGCCGCCUAAUGAAAUUCAGUGGGGGUAUCAUUGAAACGUGUUUGGGAAGACGGAAGUUAUGAAAUAUGGAUGGAUCUCGCUGAAAUUCGCUCGAGCGAACAGACAAUGGUUCACGGGCAGAUUGGAAUAA